GUCGGCGGUCAGUGGUUGGUGGGCUGUGGCGUUGAGAGGAAGUGUGCAGGUGGUGUGGGGUAGUUUUUUUUUUAUUGUUGAAACACUGAGUUGGUUGUGCCUUGAAAGGAAGGCUGAAGGUGCGAGUGUUGUUGUGGUGCGCAAGGAGUCCCGGGUUUUGGACAGAAGCUGGUGUCUUUUUUUAUCUCGUGGGACGCAACACAAGAAUAAGCCGCCAAAAUGAUGAAAUAUUUGGCAGCCGCGAAAGUGUUAAAGAAACAUAGGGCCCAGGUGGAUAAUGUAGUGUUUCACCUUCACUAUCGGGUGACUUUUGUUAUAUUCAUUGUAUCUGGAGCUCUCGUGACGGCCAAGGAGUUCAUCGGGGCGCCAAUAGAAUGCAUGUCCAAGGCGAUCCCCGGCAAGAUCCUCAACACCUUCUGCUUCAUCAUGUCCACCUUCAGUGUACCCAAGCACUGGGACAAGCCGCUGGGCGACGGCGUGGCUUACCCAGGCGUGGGCCAUGCCGAGCCUGAUGACGAGAUAGUGUAUCACGCUUACUACCAGUGGGUGCCGUUCGUCCUGGUGCUGCAGGCCAUCAUGUUCUACGUGCCGAGGUACCUGUGGAAGAACAUGGAAGGCGGGCUCUUCGUCACCAUCUUGGCUGGCUUGGACAAGAUGACGCUGGACGAGAGCAGCAGACACAAGAAGCACAAGGUGCUCGCCCAGUACAUGAUCAAGCACCUCCACAUGCACAUGAACUGGGCUAUAAGGUUCUUCCUGUGCGAGGUGCUGUGUCUGGUGGUGGUGGUGGGCAACAUCUACUUCACCGACCUGUUCCUGGGUGGCACCUUCCUCAAGUAUGGCACGGAGGUCAUCAGCUUCCCCGACAUGGACCCCGAGAAGCGCGUCGAUGCCAUGACACGCAUCUUCCCGAGAGUCACCAAAUGCACCUUCAGGAAGUUCGGCUCUUCGGGAACCAUCGAGACCCACGACACAAUGUGCGUGCUGGCGGUGAACAUCAUCAACGAGAAGAUCUACAUCUUCAUCUGGUUCUGGCUGGUCUGUCUCACCACCAUCACCGCCGCCUGGCUCGUGUACCGCCUCCUCGUCAUCAUUUCCUCCGACUUGCGCUUCAAGCUCCUGCAGGCUCGUGGACGGUGGGGUGGCCGAACGAACCUAGAUCUCAUUGCCAAGAAGUGCAACCUUGGAGACUGGUUCCUGAUCUACCACCUUGGCCGCAACAUGGAGCCAAUGGUUUAUGGGGAGUUCCUCAAGGAGUUUGCCAAGGAGCUGGAGAAUUCAGUUUCAACCCUGGAACGUAAACCAAUGUUGGUAGGAAGUUAAUCAAAGAAGAGGUUUGAGAUGAAGGAUUUGUUUAGAAUAGAUAUGAUUGUGAGUUGCAAGCAAAAGGGAUUCUUAAGUUAUAAGUUACUUAUAUCACUUAAGAUACCAGCAAAAUUGUUUAGUUUGUUCUUAUCUGUAUGUCAUGACUUAAGCAUUUAUUUUUCAUUAGGGGGAUAAUUUAUUUUAAUCCUUAAAGAUUAAAGUAAGUUGUUUACUUUAUGUAACAAAGUAUUUUUAACAACUCAGUAUGUGUGCAUGAUCAGAUUUGUUUAUAUAGUAUUGGGUGCAAGUCAACAGUGUACAGGAAAUUCUGUCUGAUCUUAUUCUGAUCCUGGAUCAAAAUCCAUGAAAACAGCACUUCAUGCUUGGGCCAUUUGGUUAUACAUUAUUCUUCUAAAACAAUUAUGGUGCAGGAUUGUUUCAUGUUGUAAUAUUGCAGAUAUUUUGAUCAUUUUUUCAUUUAAUCUAUAUCUUUUCCUGACACUGUCUUGUAUUUAAAGCUGUCAAAAUCACACCACAAAUAUAGUGGCCACAAAAGCAAACUUUCAUAUUUUAACAGUAAAAUUCUUAUAUAUUGUUAUAUUCUUAUUUACCAAUUCAAAAUCAACUUUUGAACAUGCCAAACACUCUGGAUAGAUAUAAUUGUGUCUCCUUAAGGCAAGACAGCUGGUAGAAAAAAAAUUAAAACAGCAAAGAAGUUUUAGGCUGAAUUUUAUUGUAUUGACUUUUGAGCUUUCCAAUGGAGUUGUAAGAAAUUUGUUACCAUGUACCCAAUAUGAAUGAAACAUUGCAUUGGCCUGGAAAAGUACUCUUUUGCUUGUGUGAAUCUCCUGAUAGGAAAGAGUGUGCCACCCUUAAUGCACCCUUAAUGAGGGAGAUUAAAUGGAUUUUACUGAGUUCAGUAUAGUUCAAUUUAUCAUCAAUGCAAUGCAUUAUUAUAAUCAAUAAAACUAACUAACCACAAAUCCCAUCAGUCAUCUCAAAUUAGAUUUUCAAGAUAACUCCUUGAAAAAUAUUUACUAUGUUCACAAUUUCAAAAUUAUUAGUGAAUAUAAACAGUUAAUUUCCUGUUUCAAAUUUCAGCACAUGCUUUAGAUGUUGCUAGAUACUCAAAAGUGCUAAUGUUUUCUAAAAUAUGCAUUUAAUAUAAUUUGUUAUGAAACUAUACUUCAUUCAUAACAUGAAUAACAAAAGAGACAGGAUGAAUGAACUGUCAAGUAGUGUUUAGCAGUUUUGUAGAUGAGGAUAAUUAUUAAUAAGGAGUUUUAAGCUCUCUAUAUGGUCAUAUUCCUUCAAUGAAAUGACCAGCAGAACUGUGCCAUGGUGGAAAAAAAAGUUAAUUGCUUUGAGGGAGCUGGACUGUGCCUGUAUUAAUAUCAAUGUCACCUUCGUACACUGAAGUCUGAUUUGAUACAAGUUGUAUUUCAAAGUGAGUGAUGGUGUUUAAAAAUUGCUCAUUUUUGUAAAGUAUUGUUGCAUAAUAUGCAGCAAAUGAGUCAGUCUGUCAGUCUUUUUUUACUUUGAGUGAUCAUUCAAUCUUUUGAUUUAAAUCAAUCAACAAAACAUUCAUGAGAUUAUGACAUGCAUAAUUAACUUUACUGUCUGACAAGCAGUUGUGAAUUACUAAUCUACAGUACUGUAUCAGAAAGAAGUUUUCCACAUUGUUGGGGACCAAUCUAGUAGUAGUUUUUAGGUGAAGUUUUUUAUCCAGUUAUACACCUGUUGCCCCUGGUAAAAAUAGCUCAAAUAAUAUAUUAUUUUUGACAAGGUAAUUUUUGGUAAUGUUGAUGUUUCAACUGUUGUACCACCAAGAGGCCAUGAUUCAAGAUCUCUAAUUUCAAACCUUCUGCCAUGCAAAUAUAACUUGUAAUGAUGAAUUGUAGCUCAUAAUCCUUUGUCUUCCAUAUAUUAAACACCACCAACAAGGUUAAUUGCUCAAAAGAUGCCUUUGGAACCUAAUGGUUGUAGGAUAAGUCUUGACAUUCUAUAAAUGAUCCUGCAAAAUAAAAUUAAAGACUCCAUUUGCUGUACCCUAUUCACAAAUCUUGAUUGUGGCAAUGGCCAUCCAUGUUUUACACCCCAUGAUCCAUCUCCACUUAAUUCAUAUGAAUUAACUGAUAUUUUUUCAGAGAUUAAAGCAUAAUAAAUCACAGCAUAGUCAUACAACUGUGCUAUAUUAGAACUAGCCAUGGUGACUAGUUAUCUUCAACUAUAAUAAUACACUACUAGUUUGCCUGUGAUCAUUUCAUGUAAAAAGGCCUUAGUAUCCAAUCAUUAUUCAUAUAUUUUUUGGUUUUUCUCUUGAGAAGUAAUGUUAAGUUAAAUUACAGUUGUUUGCAUACUGUCCUUUAUACAUUUGCAGUAUUUAGCCAUUAUACUUUUAAGACUGUAUGUAGUGGGCAAUAAUGAAUGUAAACUCAGUCUGUCACUCUUGACACUAUUUCCAAGGGUAGAGUAGCUGCUAUAUGAGCUAAAAUCCUCCCCUUUCCAUGAACCCAAAGUUACGAAGUUUGUGGAAAUAGCCAUUCUUGAGGAAGCUUCUCAGAUUCAUGGAACAGAUUCAUGGAAAAGGUAAGAUUUUGUUCACAACUAGUGCCUAGUUGCUAUAAUUUAUCAUACAUUGCAAGCUUUCUAUCCUCAAUGAAGUUGAAUGUUAUCUUCAUGCUAUUUCAAAAUAGAAUAUUGUAUGAAAGUUGGUCCGUGUCAUUAUUGUCUGUCUCUAUAUAUGUUUCUGAGUGUUGACACUGCCAUAUUGGAAGUGCCUUAUUGUGGCCUUGGUUGACAAUGUCCAAGUAGUGAACAUCUGAAUGCCAUGAUGGAUUUAUAUUUAUACAUACUAGCCCAAAUGGUAUUGUGUGUAUACUGUAAGAAUCUGUAUUUUGUGAAAUGAAUGAAGAAUCUGUAUUUUGUGAAAUAAAUGAAAUUUGAAAAGAAA